AAUACUAUAAAUUACAACACUCUCACCACCAAUUCUCUCUCUCUAAAGUCUCACUACCAAUUCUCUCUCUCUAGGAUUUUAAAUCUAUUGGAUAUCGCAAUUCUCUUUUUUGCAUAUAUACAUUUGAUUUUCAAUUAUUUUUGUAGUUAAUUAUUUCUCAGCAUUUAGUUCUAAUUUAUUCUUUUAAUAUAGAUUUUAUAUUUUUGGGUUACAAUUUACAAACUCGAUCAACUGUUACAUCACACAGAUUGAGUGCUUUUGAAUCGAUAUAUUUAUCAAUUUCAUUUCCCUAAAAAAGACAAAACACUAUAUAUAUAUAUAUAUAUAUAUAUAUAUAUAUAUAUAUUUAACAGAUUGAGUGCUUAAAUUUAAUUACUCAUUUUUGGUAUCUCUCACCUUUAUAAAACCUCCGAAUUCAUAUUUUGAAAACACAAAUCCAACACAACUCUCUCUCUCUUUGUUCUCCAACAAGAAGAAGAAUACGAACAGAGUCUUGUGAUUCGAACCGACCAGUGGCUUUGAAAGUUCACGGAAAAAAUGACAAUGAAAUUGAGAGCUGCGAUGAACCUGGUUUUGCUAACGUGCGCGUCAUGGUGCGUUUACGCGGAGGAGCGGCUUCUGGUGAACAUGACUCUGGUUCGCAACGCUCCGGCUCAUGGAGCUUUUUGCUUGGAUGGAAGCUUGCCUGCUUAUCAUCUUCACAGAGGAUUUGGCGCCGGAUCACGCAAUUGGCUACUGCAGUUUGAGGGUGGUGGGUGGUGUAAUGAUAUUAAAUCGUGCUUGGAGAGAGCCCCAACGCGCCGUGGUUCCACACGUUACAUGAGCAAGUUGGAAGUCUUCUCUGGAAUCCUAAGUAACAAUGCUUCUCUAAAUCCAGAUUUUUACAAUUGGAAUCGUGUGAAGAUUAGAUAUUGUGAUGGAGCAUCUUUUGCUGGGGAUGCCAAGUUCGACAAUGGGACAUCAUUGCUUUACUUCAGAGGGCAAAGGAUAUGGCAAGCAAUUAUUCUUGAUCUUCUGCCUAAAGGUCUGGGCAGUGCAAGAAAGGCUUUGCUCUCGGGGUGCUCCGCUGGGGGUUUGGCAACUUUCUUGCACUGUGACAACUUCACCAGCUAUCUACCAAGCAAUGCUAGUGUAAAAUGUUUGAGUGAUGGUGGAUUUUUCUUGGACGUAAGAGACAUAAGUUUGAACAACACCAUAAGAACCUUCUACGAAGACCUGAUUUCUCUACAGGGGGUAGACCGGAAUCUGGAUAGAAACUGCAUGAGUUCCCGUUAUUUUCCAAAACAAUGCUUCUUCCCACAGUAUGCACUGACUUACAUUAGAACACCUUUUUUCGUCUUAAACUCAGCAUAUGAUGUGUACCAAUUUCAUCAUAUAUUGGUGCCCCCUUCUGCUGAUCUACGUGGACAUUGGAACCACUGCAGUCUUAAUCCAUCAGCAUGUAAUCCAUACCAGAUAUAUAUUUUGCAAGGGUUCAGGAAGCAUAUGCUUGCAGCAUUGAAGUUAUUCUACUAUUUUUCAAAAAGAGGAGGGAUGUUUAUAAAUUCGUGCUUUGCACAUUGCCAAAGUGAGUCACAGGACACUUGGUUCGCGCUUGACUCGCCCAGAGUGCACAAUAAGACCAUUGCAGAAGCAGUUGGUGAUUGGUAUUUCGGGAGGAGGGUGACCAAGGUUAUCGACUGUCCAUAUCCUUGUGACAAUACCUGCCAUAACCUGAUAGGCUGAUACCACAGGUCCAAUUGAAGACUUAAAGGUUAGAUGAAACAUAUGGGAUAGUUCUCCUAAGGAGAAUCUCUCAUUUUCUAAGUAAGAAUAAAGGGAUACUGAAUGAGGGUAUAGCGAAUCGCUGAUCACUAUUUUAGCAGUUCACAGUACAGAAAAAAUUGUACAUUUCAUCGAUUUUUCAGUAUAAAAGAUCCAUUGAUUUUUUUUUUUUUCCUGUGUUACACUCCCUUGGAAAUCACAUGGUAUAAUACAUUACUUAAAAUCUCAAAUUCCCAUUUUUGAUCAA